AUGUCUAUACCUACACGAGUUCUUCUUUUAGAGAAAGAACAUACAUCAUUCGAGAACGAGCUCUGUUUCAAGGGAGAAUCCAGCAGUGACGAAAGCGGCGGUCAGACAAGUAUCACGCCUAUUAGUUCGAAGACCACUUCCACCACAGAAGAUAUUUCAAAGCAGCAUGAGAGAUCCAGCGACCUAACCUAUAGUAGCCGUUGGGCUAGAGAAAGUUUGCCAGACUUUGCCAUGCCCGAAGGCAAGAUGCCAAAAGAGGUAGCAUACCGUCUAAUUAGAGACCAGAUGAAUCUUGACGGCCACCCGAGUCUCAACCUCGCCACUUUCGCAACAACAUACAUGGAAGACGAGGCUGAAAAGCUCAUGGUUGAGUCUCUGCCUAAAAACUUCGUUGACCUGAAAGCCUAUCCCCGAACGGCAGAUAUCGAGCGGAAGUGUGUGAACAUGGUUGCCGAGUUAUAUCAUGCUCCAAUGAACACUGGUGAACCAGCAGUGGGGACAAGUACUCUAGGAAGUUCGGAAGCAAUCAUGCUUUCCACACUGGCAAUGAAGAACAGAUGGAUGAAGAGGCAAAGAUUAGCCGGAAAGGACUGUUUAAGGCCAAACAUCAUCAUGAGUUCCGCAGUCCAAGUGUGUUGGCAGAAGGCGGCCAGAUACUUUGAGGUGGAAAUUCGAUAUGUAUACUGCACAGAAGACCGCUACGUCCUGGAUCCAGAUACUGCCAUUAGUCUUGUUGACGAGAACACUGUAGGAAUUUGUUGUAUACUGGGCACCACUUACACAGGCCAUUAUGAAGAUGUAAAAGCAAUCAACGAUCUCUUGGUCAAAAAGGGGCUGGACAUACCGAUACAUGUUGAUGCCGCCAGCGGUGGAUUUGUGGCGCCGUUCAUGGCUCCAGAGCUCGAAUGGGAUUUUCGACUUGAGAAGGUUGCCUCCAUCAACGUCUCAGGGCAUAAGUAUGGCUUGGUAUAUCCCGGCAUUGGAUGGGCCAUCUGGCACCAGUUUAUCCGUCUCGGUCGAGCCGGAUAUCGUGAGAUCAUGACGAACAUCAGUAACUCCGCUACCUUCCUCGCGAAUGGUCUUAAAGGCCUGGGGUUCAUCAUUAUGAGCGAGUCGGGUGUGAAUGGAGUACCCUUGGUCGCUUUUCGCCUUAACCCGAAGCUGGGUUAUCAGUUCGAUGAAUUCGGUUUAGCCCACCAGCUUCGCCAGUGCAAUUGGCUGGUGCCUGCCUAUAGUAUGGCCGCGCAUGUCCAAGACGUCAAAUUGUUGCGCAUCGUCUGCCGCUGCGACUUCUCUCGGAGCUUAUGCGACACUCUGUUGAAAGACAUACGGUGCGCCCUAGAAACUCUGAAGAAGAUGGAUCGAGAGACUUUGAGGCUUUAUGCGGAGUUAGAGAGGUUGAGGCUGGUAGCAGGGGCGAAUGGAGACAUCUUGGCAUAA